GCUGCCGCGCGACACGGAGCUGUGCGUGGGCGGAGGUAGCGGUGGGCUCCCGGUCGGCCUAGUUGAGCCUCGCGACAUCCUGCAGGUCGGCAAGAGUGCAUGAGGGACAGUACGGGAAUCCAUGGGACAAAAAGGACAUUUGUCAGAAAGCUGAAUGCUGCCUUCUUUUCUCAGUGCCUUGUCUUGUGAAAGACAUACAAAAUGGCUUACAGCGUGACUCUGAAUGGACCUGGACCAUGGGGUUUUCGACUGCAAGGGGGCAAGGACUUCAACAUGCCCUUGACCAUCUCCAGAAUCACCCCUGGCAGCAAAGCAGCACAGUCACAGAUGAACCAAGGGGACCUUGUGGUAGCCAUUGAUGGAGUCAACACUGAUAGCAUGACCCACUUAGAGGCCCAGAACAAGAUCAAGUCAGCCAGCCACAACUUGAGCCUCACUCUUCAGAAAUCUAAACGUCCAGUGCCAGUUUCAACCACAGCACCCAGAAUUGACUCUCCCAGGGCUGUAAUUCCCCACCAGAAGGAACCUGCUUGGGAAAUCAAUGGCAACAGAACAACCUUCAAUCCUCUAACUAACACGGCGACUGGGCCUGUGGGUAGUAUUUUAGCAGCCAAUGGAACGUUUUCAGGCUACCUCAACAAGCAAGAGAUCAGCUUUUCAAAUAGCUCUUCCUACUCAAAGACUACCACAGUUAGAUCUUCCAUGUCCUCUCAAUCUGUGACUCCUGAUAUUUCACCUGCAAAGAGUAACCUAGGUUCAAAACCAAGCCCAGUACUGUCUGAUGGCAAUAGUCCUAUACACCAGCUGAGCCCUGCAAGGCAAUAUAACAACCCUAUUGGCCUUUACUCAGCAGAGACUCUAAGGGAAAUGGCUGAGAUGCAUAAAUUAAGUCUCAACCGAAGGGCUUCGGAAGGUGGACUUCCUAGAGGUUCCCUUCCUCUUAAAGAUCCUCAUGUAGACAGUGCCUCACCCGUCUAUCAGGCAGUGCUUAAAACUCAGAACAAGCCCGAAGAUGAAGCCGAAGACUGGAGCCGCCGCUCUGCCAAUCUGCAGUCCAAGUCCUUCCGCAUCCUUGCCCAGAUGACUGGAACAGAGUACAUGCAAGAUCCAGAUGAAGAAGCCCUGAGGAGGUCAAGAGACAAGGAAAAUGUUGCUGCAACAUCAGAAAACAGUACCCCCAUUGAGCAUGCUCCGGUGUCUACCAGUUCUGCCUCUGCUCCUGCACCAAAUGCUUCAGCGCAUCAGCCUGCUACUGCUGCUCAAAAUACAGCCAGUCUGAUGACAGCACCAGCAACCACCUCAGUAGUGCAAGAGUCUGUCUCAUCCUCCUUCCAAAGAGUGUUUGCACCCUCCGGCUCUCUUUCACAGCCUAAGCCUUCCCAUGGGUCCAAGGACAUGUCAUUAGCAGCUUCCACUAUUUCAUCUGCUAUCUCAUCUCAGUCUAGUUUCAACCGGCAUUCUUCCACCUCCGUCAGCUACCAGUCAAAGAGAAACACAAGCCAGUCAUACACACCAAUGCCAGUUUCUGGAAGCUACAGUGAAAGCCCCGCUGCUUCUGCUACUCCAAAAAUGAGAGUUGUUACUACUGCCAGCAUAAAGCCCUCUGUCUACCAGCCAGCACAAGCACCAGUUCAUUCCUACACCCCUGCCAACGCCGAGCCUGCAAGUCGCCCUCCCUGGGUAACAGAUGACUCCUUUUCCCAGAAAUUUGCACCUGGAAAAACCACCACCACUGUCACAAAGCACAUCCUACCAAGGGGUGCUCCAGUACCAUCUCCUGCCUCAACUUCUGCUUACCCAUCUCCAGUUUCAACUUCUUCCCAGGCUCCUCCAGUAGCCCGGGGAACAGUUCAGAGGGCCGAGCGUUUUCCAGCCAGUAGCCGAACUCCCCUCUGUGGACACUGUAACAGCAUAAUUCGGGGUCCUUUUCUGGUAGCCAUGGGCCGCUCUUGGCACCCAGAAGAAUUCAAUUGUGCUUACUGCAAGACAUCCUUGGCUGAUAUGUGCUUUGUGGAAGAGCAGAAUAGUGUGUACUGUGAGCGCUGUUACGAACAGUUCUUUGCACCAACCUGUGCCAGAUGCCACACUAAGAUCAUGGGGGAAGUGAUGCAUGCCCUAAGACAGACUUGGCACACAAGUUGCUUCGUCUGUGCUGCUUGCAAGAUGCCAUUUGGGAAUAGCCUCUUUCACAUGGAGGAUGGGGAACCUUACUGUGAGAAAGAUUAUAUUGCUUUGUUCAGCACAAAAUGCCAUGGCUGUGAUUUUCCUGUUGAAGCUGGAGAUAAGUUCAUUGAAGCUCUCGGACACACUUGGCAUGACACUUGCUUCAUUUGUGCUGUAUGCCACGUGAAUUUGGAAGGUCAGCCAUUCUACUCCAAGAAGGAUAAGCCACUGUGCAAGAAGCAUGCCCAUGCCAUCAAUGUUUAAAAGAAGAGUUGAUAGUAAUGCUGGGGAAAAGCAGAUGACUAACCAGGCAAUUAUAGAAGUUGAUAACCAUGGCUAGUAUUUCUCUGGGUAAAAGCAAGGAAGCUGAUACUUUGAAAGUUUAACCUCUUUCAUAAAUGCAGAACAUGCUUUUGCAAUGUUCAGACAAAAACCUGUUGAAUGAACAGUCAAAACCAAACUAAUCCAUCAUUAAAGCAAUAGUUGGGGGAAAUACUGAAAUUAACUAAAACCUGUAAUAUAAAAGCAAUGUGCAAAUACAGUUUCAAAUUAACUACCCACAGCAGUUUUACUGCUUAGACCAUGCACUAGUGUUUAAGAACAACUGGAAAAGUCCUUUUGUAAUAAAUUAUUUUCUUUCAUAAUGAGAAUGAGUAAGUGCCACAUGUCCAAUAAUCUGUAGAACCAAAGCCAUAGCUUUCAAAGGGAAAUAAAUCGAUUAGGGUUUCCUCUAUGAAAACUGAAUGCUAUUCCAUUAUGUCGUGGUGCUGCCUCAUAGCAUCAAAUAGUUUAGAUUCUUUCCAAAUAACAAGUCUGCCUUGAAUCCAUAUGUAGCUGUGAAGACUAGGAGACAAUCCAUAACUUUGUUUGCAAAUACAGUGGAAACGAUAAUGCCUUCCAUAACCCAGUAAAGAUUGACAAAAGCCUGUUGGGUCAGCCUUGCUACUGUACUUGGCUUAUAUGUGCACAGUACAUGAGCUCACUCUCAGAUCAUAACGGAAAAGAACUGACCUUCUCCAAAUUGCUCUUGCAUUGAAUGGAAUAGAACUGUAUGGAGAGGCCAGCUUUUAAUUCAGAACCAGUUUUCCAUUCCUCUUGUGGAAAAAAGUACUCAAAAGUUGCUUUGGUUUCUAAUUGCUGUUGAUAUCGUAGGAAAUCUGAAUCUGGACCUUCACACUGGUGAACACAGGAGACACAUCCAUCUAGCACAACUAGCAAAAUGGGAGAUAGCUUGCAAAAGUUCCCUACUCUAUCCCACGGAGUUAAGAAAAGGACAUCUUUGGUUUUUUUCCCCGUUGUAAGUUAACAUUGAUUAAAAGUUCAGAAGGCAGCAUAACACCACAGGCACCUACUCUUCAUGACUUUUGUUAGUUUAAAUGCAACACAUGCUGCACUGUAGUAGGAUCUGCCAUUGUAAAAUAGUAGAUGGCCAACUAGGAUAACCAUAUAGUCAUCUUUUCUAAUAUUCUAAAGAGCAACUUUCAAGUUGUUCAGUUAUUUAUGAAUAUUUUUUGCAGAAGAGCAAUACUGAUAAUGCUGAUUUUGAAUUUUUAAUUUAAAAUAUUGAUGA